AAUUUUUCAAUUUACAAGAUAUCCAGGUGGUUAAUCGUUAAGUUGUAAGUAUUUACUUUACAACUGAAGUACCUUAAGUAAACAAGAAAGACUUUUGAGAAACAGCUGAUAAAGAAACAAAGAAGCAGGGGAUUGCUUGAUUAUUGUUUGAUGUGUGACGUCUAUUUAUAGAAUCUCAGUCACAGCAGGAUGAGCGAAAAACAAGAUGUCAAUGAAAAAGUGCUACUGGAGCCCUACAGCUACAUAUGCCAGAUACCAGGGAAGAAAGUCAGGACCAAGCUAUCAGCAGCUUUUAACUGUUGGCUUCAAAUACCUGAGGAGAAGUUAAAACUGAUAGGGGAGGUUACUCAGAUGCUGCAUAAUGCAAGUUUAUUAAUUGAUGACAUUGAGGAUAAUUCAAAUUUAAGAAGAGGCAUACCAGUUGCUCACAAUAUAUAUGGAGUGCCACAGACUAUAAAUUCUGCCAAUUAUGUUUACUUCCUGGGUUUAGAAAAAGUUCUUCAGCUGGACCAUCCAGAGAGCACAAAAGUUUUUACAGCUCAGCUAUUGGAACUGCAUCGUGGGCAAGGUAUGGACAUCUACUGGAGGGAUGCAGUGGUGUGUCCCACAGAGGAGGAGUACAAGGCCAUGGUUAUAAAAAAAACUGGAGGACUAUUUGGUUUAGCUGUUGGAUUAAUGCAACUCUUUAGUGACUGUAAAAAAGAUUUUGUUCCACUAUUAAAUGCUCUAGGCUUGUAUUUCCAAAUACGAGAUGAUUAUGCUAAUCUGUACUCUAAAGAGUAUGAAGCCAACAAGAGUUACUGCGAGGACCUGACAGAGGGCAAGUUUUCCUUCCCCAUCAUCCACGCCAUCAGAAGCAGUAAGGAUGACACACAGGUCAUAAAUAUAUUGAGACAGCGAACUACAGACAAUGAUGUCAAGAAGUACUGUGUAGAGUGUCUACAUCGACUAGGCUCUUUUGAAUACACUAAAGAAAUCUUAAUACAAUUGGAAAACAGCAUUUUUGAGCUGAUAGAAGAACAUGGGGGUAAUCCUAUACUGACAGCAUUAAUUAAUGAACUGAAGAAAGUAUACAGAGGAUCUCAAUGACAAAGAAUGGUCCUGUUAUAGAAUCAUAGACACAAUCUCCUCUAGUCCACUGCCAUUUGUAUUUCAAAAAUACACCAUUAUUUAUCUUUUUCACUAUUGUAGCCUAUGUUAAAUGAAUGAUAAAUAAAAUGCAAAAUACA